AUGGGAAACCUGAGUGACUUGCAGACCCACCUACAGACCGCAUACCAGGCACGACAACGCCUGCAGAAUCUGCUGAGAGAUGGUACAUUCGACGUUAAUGGAGCUAGUCUUGACAUCUCUGCUAUAGCAGCAGUAGCAUACUAUGGUUGCAUACCCAAGAUCACCACAGACCCAGCUGUCCUUGAUAAGAUUGAAGCAAGCGUGCAGGUGUUGAAAGACCAUUUGGACAAUGGCUACCACGUUUAUGGUGUUAAUACUGGCUUCGGCGGCAGUGCUGAUACUCGAACGGAUCGAGUCAUCGCAUUACAAUCCGGACUCUCCCAGCUUCUACAAGCAGGUGUGCUAGUCGCCUCAGAUAAGAAUACCAAUGUGGACUUCGAGCGACAAGGUCGCCUGGAUUCACAUGCUGUGCCCGUCCCCUGGGUGCGAGCAGCCAUGUUGGUUCGGUGCAAUUCAAACGCCCGCGGUCACUCCGCAGUUACGCUUUCAGUGAUGAAGUCCAUCUUGCAGCUUUUGGAGAGUCGCAUCACCCCGGUUGUUCCUUUACGAGGCUCUAUCUCUGCUUCUGGAGAUCUCAUUCCACUUUCCUAUAUCGCUGGCGCGAUUGAAGGCAACCCUGAUGUGCAUGUCCACGUACAGAAAUCUCGUAAAUCUCAGAUAAUGUCUUCUAAAGAUGCGCUUUUGUCGGCCGGCAUAGAGCCUCAAGUCCUAGGUCCUAAGGAAGGAUUAGGCCUAGUCAACGGUACUUCAUUCUCUGCAGCACUGUCCAGUCUCGUUAUGUACGAGACUCAUCAACUGGUCGUGCUAGUGCAGGCAAUCUCGGCUAUAGCCUUAGAAGCACUCAUGGGUAAUGCGGAGAGUUUUCAUCCCUUCAUCUCUGCCAUUCGUCCUCAUGACGGCCAAAUGGAAUGUGCCAGGAAUAUCCUUUCCUUUCUCCAGGGAUCUCGUCUUGCCCAAGGUAUUCAAGAUGUGAAGACUCAUACUCGCCAAGGUUUGAUGCAGGAUAGAUAUGCGCUUCGAUGUGUUCCACAGUGGAUCGGACCUCAGCUAGAAGACCUCCUGCUCGCGCAUAAGCAAGUCACCGUUGAACUUAACUCGACAACAGAUAACCCACUAAUAGACCCCGAGACCGGGGAUAUUCUCCACGGAGGCAAUUUCCAAGCAGUUUCCAUUACUUCUGCCAUGGAGAAGACAAGGUCAUGCCUUCAGAUGUUUGGCAGGCUCCUCUUCUCUCAGUCUACUGAACUGGUCGACCCAAGCCUUAACAACGGGCUUCCUACCAAUCUUGUCGCUGACGACCCAAGUCUCUCCUUCACUAUGAAAGGCGUCGAUAUCAGCAUGGCUUCAUACAUGGCAGAGUUGGCUUACCUUGCUAACCCAGUGAGCUCGCAUGUACAGGCAGCGGAAAUGCGCAAUCAAUCUAUCAACUCCAUGGCUUUUGUAUCCAGUCGGUACACUAUGCAAGCAGUCGAGAUAGUGUCGCUCAUGUGCGCUUGUAGCCUGUACAUCGGAUGCCAGGCCUUGGAUCUCCGAGUACUGCAUUUGACCUAUCUCGAUAACAUCAAACCCCAACUCCAUCUGCUUACAUCCGAUCUUUUCUCCUCAUAUCUAUCAGACCCAGAGCUUGCAAAUCUGACCGAAUCCCUCUGGGAAACCAUCUCAAAAAGCUGGUCGACAACAACUCGCCAGGGCAUACCUGAGCGCGUGCAAGUAGCCGUUAAAAAUGCUAUUCCUACACUGUUAGAUACUCUGAAAGAGAAGCGCGGCCCAGGCCUUUCGCAUCUAAAUCGAUGGGAAACCAAAGCCGCCGCCCUUCUCAACAAGACAUACCAGGACACCGCAGACACGUUCUUUAACCAGCAAAACACCGAAGAGUUCCUGGGCGCUGGUGCUAGGAUUAUUUACCGCACCGUUCGCCGUGAUCUCCAAGUCCCAUUCCACUUGGGCUUCGUGGAGCACCCGACAGUUAAUAACGAUACCCUAAACGGCCGCUCGAAAAAGACCAUUGGAUCUUGGAUAUCAAUUAUCUAUGAGGCCAUUCGCGACGGCAGGUUAAUGGAUCCUUUUAUGGAAUCUCUUGCUUCAAAGAGCUCUAGUACCGAUGACUCAUUGACAAAGAUAAGGAGUCUAAGGAUGUCCCGACUUUGA